AUGUCCAAGUCUAAGGCUCCCCUCUUCCUCGGUCUUACCGCCGCCGGCGGCAUUGGCUAUUACCUUUACAACGCUGGCGGCAACCCCAACGCCGCUGAGAAGAAGUUCGAAAGCGAUGUUCACAAGGCUUCGGCAGAAAUCAAGUCGCAUCUCCCCGGUAGAACUCCUGAUGCUGAAAAAGGCUUCGGUGACGCGGGUGCCCGCGCCGGCGCCAAGCUUGAUUCUGCUGCCGCUGAGGCAGACAGACAAUUCUCUGUUACCAAGAGCAACGUCGAGGCUUACGCCAAGGACGCGAAGGCUGAGGCUUUGAAGAAGGUCGAUCAAUUCGACAAGAAGGUUGAAGACGGCGCCGCGAAGGCUAAAAGUGGCAUCUCGAGCUGGUUCGGCGGCAAAUAA